AUGUCCUAUUUAUUGCCAUUAUCAUCGUGUUCAACCCCUGGUUGGAACGAUCCACCUGCAGUACUUGACCCCACGAAGACGUCUUCAUCACCGAGUACUGGUGCUUUAGCCAAUAGACAUCGGCGACCCGUGCAUCCUUCCAUUCAAGCUUCCAGUAUUUCAUCGGUAUACACUAAUUCGUCACGACCAAUUUUGUCACCGCAAGCCGCAAAUUCAACCCUAGUUCCAAGUCAGAAUCCAGUUAUAACUUUAAGUCAGGGGACUGCAGUCUGUGGAGCUGCUCCACAGCCAAUCUACCCGACACCAGUACCAAAUUAUGCCACAAUGGAUUCAUUUGUUUCAUAUUCUAAUUCCUCAUCUACAGACAAAACGAAGGAUCAGUCAGUGAAGAAAUCUUCAAACCUGCAGCUGCAGCAGCAGCAGCAUCGUUCGAUUUUUGAUGCGUUCACUGUCCCAGAUCAUCAGCGCCAGAUGCUACCGAAAUCAACAAGUCUAACAUAUGAUACAUCUGCAGAAAAGCUUCCUGAGAGUUGCUUUCAGAAAUCCUUUGACCCGAAUUUAUCCACUUCAGCAGGUGUUAAAGUCGCGCCUCCAAUUGAAAGAAAUCCGAAUGCUUUAAUUUACAUUCCACCUAAUAUGAUAAAUGAAAAUAGUAGAAGGCCUGUUACAUCGCCAUAUCCAACUGAUUAUGUAGCACCCGUAAAGGCUGCUGGUGAUGUAUCUUUGAGUGGCCUUCAGCUUGUCCAGUUUUUGAUCAAAGCCACAUAUAGACUGUCGGCUGGAGUAACAAGAGACGGAAUUCAGUUGCGUAUAAAUCAUCUGAGUGAGUCAAUGGGUGCAGGUCAAGUGACAGAUAGUUGCAUCAAGAAGCUAAAUUUUGUUGUUGAUGCACUGGAUCGUGGCUUAUUUGAUGAAGCAUAUCAAUUUUUUGAUCAGUUGCAAACAUCAUUUCCAACCGAAGCUCGAACUAGUUGGGCUCAAGGUAUUCGAUUAUUACUGAACGAAUUGAGGCGUCCGGUUCGUAUCGGCAGUGCUAAUGCAACUCGUAUUGGUAGUGCUGGUCCAACUCGACAUCUGACUGAAGCUAAGGAAUGGUAUAGACGACAGAUUUAUGUCGUGAAAACAGGUAUUAUGCGAUUGACAGCUUGGUUGUGGAAGAAUUUAAAUACUCCGGAAUGGAAUCGUCGUGUUUGGGAAAUCGGUUAUCGUGGACCUUCACUUCCAAAGCUGAAAAUAAAAGGCAGACCGGAUUAUCCGAUUACUGACAAUGCCAUCAGAGAAUUACAGAACAAAAUGAAAUUAGAAUAUGAAGUAAUGAAGUGCCUUGCAACACCUUACUUAAGCAAGGAGAUGGAACAUGAAUAUAUUAAAAAAUAUGGCACAUCUGCGGAACAGCAGGAGAAAGAACUUUUAGAAACGGAGCAACGUCGUAUGCCCGGAAAACCUAAAAAGAGGAUUGUUGGAAGUGGUAAAGUGUUGAAAGCAAGAGCGAAUGUUGGUAAUUUAUUGCAUGAACAUCGAACUAUUGAAAGCAGUUUGAAAGAACUAAUUGUUAGGCAACGUUGGGAUUGA